AUGCGGUUCGAUCGAUUGUCUGCUCUGUUCGCCUUGUUGGUGCUGACACCGGCACAAACCCUCAGCGGGUUGACCUUUGACGGUCAGGAUGCCGUGAAUCUUGUUUGGGCAUCUGAUGGCCAAACAGCUGGGCGCUACGACUUUUACCUGUGUGCUGGUGAUGAGUCGACAGGAUCCUAUGAAUCCCUCGAACGAGUGAUCAAUGAUGGUGCUGUGGCACCUGGCGACUGGCUGUCAUUCCGAGUCGACCGUACUGUGGGAGGAAAUGAUCUUAAUGCAUACUUCCUCAAGGUCAUUCCAGCGGAUCAGAAAGAACAAUGGUUUGGGUUCACAUCUCACUUUACCUUGACCAACAUGAAAGGCUCUUUUUCCAACAAGGUGUCCAAAGCCAUCAAAUCGAUGAAGCCUAUUCCGCUCAUGGGCCUAGUGGACGAGACUCAGCCCCUAGAGCCAGUCGAAGACACCCCAAGCUUCAAUAGCUCGGCUUUGAACAACGAUAUUCAUGAGGAACCAACUCAGCCUGCCUUGCAAUUCCCAACCCCAACCAACCCAUCCGAUUAUGACGACCAUUUUGAACUUCGCAAACGUCUUGCGGUUGAUGCCCACAAUAUCCCCUAUGGAGAACAGACAGGCCCGACCAAAUACGCGCCUAUGCCAAAGAUGGCCGGUACGACUAUUGCUCCCGGAUCACCGACUCCUCAAUACCCUCCUUUCCCAUUCUCCAUUGCGACAACCUACAUGCCGGCACCAACUGUUCAAUAUACGGAUACUGCGUAUCUCACGUUCACAACACACAGCAUCGAGAAUACAGCCGCACCUGCGCCAGCUCCCACUCUAGAUAAGCGGAUGCAACGAUGGUUGGAGCGUUGGAAGGACUAA